UGAAUCUUUGUAGAAACCCAUAACCCCAUUUGGCAGGUGAGGAGAGACGGAGUAGACAGGUGACCUGACCUCCCUAAAAUUGCUGCAGGACUGGAAGGAAGUCUCUCCAGAGCUCAUGGUCUUGGCUGCUGAGCUGUCCCGCUCUCCAUUUAGUGAUGUUCUAAUCAUGUCAGAUAAAGAUGUUACUGAGACUCCAGUGCUAACUGAAACAACCCCCAUCCUUGAAGAUGGAAACUGUGAACCAGCCAAGAAUUCUGAGUCUGUUGACCAAAGUGCCAAGCCAGAGAGUAAAUCAGAACCUGUAGCUCUCACUCGGAAAAGACCAGAGGCCAAGUCUUCCAGUGACCUUGAGACUCCAAAGGUUCUCCCUGCUCAGGAGACUGUUUCUAAAGAAGCACCCCAGACUGGAUGGGGCUAUUGGGGCAGUUGGGGCAAGUCCUUACUCUCCUCAGCCUCCGCUACGGUAGCCACAGUCGGACAAGGUAUUUCAAAUGCCAUUGAGAAGGCAGAGACUUCCCUUGGAAUCCCUAGUCCCAGUGAAAUUUCAAGUGAUGUCAAGUACACAACAGGAGAGACAGAUGUCAAAGAGAGUGAAAACUCCCCCAUAGCCACUGGGCCAUUUGGUGUGUUCUCAACCAUCUCUACUGCUGUUCAGAGCACAGGAAAGAGCGUUAUCAGUGGGGGUUUGGAUGCCCUAGAAUUCAUUGGAAAAAAGACAAUGGAUGUAAUAGCAGAAGGGGAUCCUGGAUUUAAAAGAACUAAGGGUCUGAUGAACCGGAAUUCCACAUUGUCUCAGAUGAAAUCUAUCCUUAUUUCUCUGAGUGGAGAAGAAUUAGAGACGCUAAAACUUGAAUUAGAGCAACUCAAAGAAGCAUUUUCUCUGGAAGAAUUUUGUGAAGAAGAAGAAGAAGAGAAAAAAGGGGAUGAAGAUUUUACCAAGGAGAUAACAGAGCUAUUUUCCCAGCUGCACGUCUCCUCCAAACCAGAGAAACUUGCCAAGGCAAGAAAUACUGCCCACGAGUGGAUCAGGACAUCUCUGCCUAAGCCAUUAGCAGAGAAAGAAGAAGGAGAAGAACAGUUGGAAGCAGAGAAUACUGAGCAGGUCAACAAAAAUUCAAUAGAGGAUAUCCAUGCAUUUGCAAUCCGAAGCCUAGCGGAACUGACUGCCUGCUCAAUUGAACUGUUCCACAAAACAGCAGCGUUGGUUCUGCAUGGUGGGAAGCAGGAAGUGACAGCCAUAGAAAGGAGCCAGGCUCUUUCCCAGAUGACAGUUGUAUUGUGUAAAGAGUUGUCCUCUCUGUCUAAAGAGUUCACCACCUGCCUAACAACUGCUGGGGUCAAAGAAAAGGCAGAUAUCCUUAACCCAUUAAUCACUGCAGUAUUUCUAGAGGCAUCAAACAGUGCCUCCUACAUCCAGGAUGCCUUUCAGCUGCUCUUACCUGUGCUAGAGAUCUCUCUCAUUGAGAGUAAGACUGGAUCACCUAGGCAUGAGCCACAGGACCAGAGGCCUUUGUCAGAACAUUGAAGAACAUAGAAGAUUUGACGUGGAAUUUGUGAUGGCCAAGAAAUGCAACUUUCUUCUGGUUACGCCUGUAGAAAUGAAGGAACAGGGUUGUUUGGGUGUAUAAAAAUUCAGACAGGAGAGCAGAUUUAAAGAGGAAUUUUGUUGCCUUCACUGCUUGGUUAAAGUAUUCAAGUCCUCAUGUUAUUCUUACCAGUUGUUGUGUUAAUAAUUAAUAAAUUAUUUGAAAAGAAACACUUGUAGAAAGUCCAAGAAUAAUAACUCUAGAUAAAGAUUAGUGGGACACUCAUGCAGAAAUGUUUUUGUUUUUUUUUUUUGACAUGUUGCAAAACACUAAACAGUUUUGUCAUGGAUAUAACUGGUUUUUAAGCAAGAGAAAAAGGGCUUAAUUUAGUAUUUUAGAAUUCAUGACAUGCUUGGUUUAUUAAUGCCAUAUACUUUCUGUUUUUUGGAAUAAGACCUAUGACUUUAAGAAAACUGAGCAUAUGCAAACUCUGUAAUGAUUACCUUUAAUCACAUGAAUUAUUGGAAGUGGUUAGGAAGUUUCCUCUGUUCUUUAAUUCUCAGCUGAUAUUUGACAGUGAGGAGAGGCUUACAGAAUGUUAUAUUUGUGGUCACGUGAAUUAACUAUAGCAAAGUGCCCUUUGGCUUCAAAUUGCUCCCGCCCAGGAUGAGAAGCUUUAAGUUGUAGCUCAUCCCUACUCAGCCGGGUUUAAGGUAAUAAGUGAAGUUUAGAGAAACAGUUUCGCACUUGCAGAUAUUAUGAGUCUUCCCAGGAUGUAUUUCAUGCCUAUAAAUUCCUUCACCGCCAACUCCAAAGGAGUGUUGUAGCGGUUUUAAUAGUGGAGUUUUUGUUGUUUGAGUAUUGUUUAAAUGGACUGUAAGAGACCUAUGGAAGUGAUGUUCAUUUAUAACAGGAUGUAACCUCUAAGACACAAUAUAUUUUUUCCUCAUUCUUUUUUGUUUUAAUGUAUUCUUUCGCAUGUUUUAAAAUAUAACUUUUAUCUUCCAGAUCUUACGCUUUUUGCUCUCUUCAACAACUUAAGAGACUAUUAAGGAGUCAUCUUCCUGAAAGCUAUUUUGAUAUCCACUGUUUUUCAAAAAGUUCUCCAACAUUAUGGUUUUUAAUGAUUAAAGUAACUUUUGUGAGCUCUGCCCCUCAUCUUCUAAAACCUUUAAAAUAAAAUGUAAUGAUCAUGUUAA